UAUUCAAGUCUCCUUCGCGAUUUGGCUCAAAAUAAUUUGGAAAUCGAAUUGAAAAAAUACAAUGCAUUCUGCUGCAGAUAAUUCUUCAGAUACACAAGAAAGAUUGUAUAAGAUGCUUGAGAAACUGCAGUCUUUAGCUCGGGAAAUUCCACAGAAGUACCAACAACGUCUACCAUACGAUUUACUCUCAUCUUUGGCCCACGUGUUACUUGACAAUACAGUUUUCGAGAUAGUGAGAGAGCUUGCGGAGCUUCAACAUAUGACAGAGAAAAGUUUACAUCAGCAACGCACUCAGUUGAUGCACAAACACAAGACUGAUCGAGAAGCACUGAUAAAAUCCCACAAGGAUGAAAUACAAGCAGCAGAGUGCCAGGGAAAGACCCACGUUGCCUCACGCCUGCCGCGGUUACACCAGGAACAGUUAGCACAACUAGAUGCCCGUCAUGCACAGGAGAUAUCCACCAUGCACGUCCAGAUUCUUCAGUUGUUGGAUCAGAAGGUAACAGAGCAACAGUCAACAUUACAACAGGUUGGUGUACCAGGAUUUCAUGAAACAGAAAACCCAGUUGAAAUUAAGAUUCAGAUGUAUAUAAUGGACUUUAUAGUUAAAAUUGGGGGCAUUAAGGUUCCCUGAUAGUUAUUGUCAAAUAGUCUUAGGAUUUUCUGCAACAGGAGUGCAACUUGUAUAUUAUAUAUUAUUUAAUAUUGUUAACUAUAUUGACAAUUUAAAAUAUAUGGAUUAUUAAAUAUUAUUUUUACUACUA